UCCUGUAGUGAUAACAGGUAAUAUGAUUUAAUCUUAUUGACUAAUUAAUUGUUUGGUUUGGUUAUUUGUGCUCGUUGAGUGCAGGUUAUGACAGUUGUAGAAUGAACACUUGACUUCAUGAGGCUCAAUUUCUGUGGCCACUUCCAAACUAAAGGAUGAUGAUUAAUGGGAUGUAUUUCUACUUUUAAUUCAUUCAUUUUUUUCAUGACAUGAUUUUUAUUUUUAUUUUUAUAGUGGCUGUGAGAUAAAAUGGACAUCAAACCACUUUUUCGGAAACUAGGCAUAGGUGUACAACUCUUUACAUUUCUUUUUGCCCUCCUAGUUCUUGGACUGGUACUAUGGGCUUACAUUGCCCAUGUAAAUCUUUUAGCAUCCCAGUAUGGCAUUAUGGCCUUUGGCUUUUAUGGUCUUCUGCUAUGUUUUCAUCUACUGGUCCAGAGUAUUUUUGCCUUUGUGGAGCACAGGCGGAUGCGUACCCGAAAAGAAGCUUGUUCCUACACCAAGACUGUGGGUUUUACCAUCUCUGCUUACCAGGAAGACCCAAAGUACCUUUGGGACUGCUUAGAAUCAGUUAAGGCACUCUGUUAUCCACCUGAGUUGCUCCGGAUUGUCAUGGUGGUGGAUGGUAAUACAGAAGAAGACCGCGACAUGAUGGAGAUGUUCCAGGAAAUUUCUGCAGAUCAGGAUCCCAGCUGCUAUGUGUGGCAGAACAAUUACCACACACACCCAGCUGGGAUGGAUCCCCAGGAAGAUACCCAGCUCAGGAAGGUGGAAGAGAUUAUAAGAACCAAGCGAUGUGUUUGCAUUAUGCAAAAGUGGGGAGGAAAGAGAGAAGUGAUGUACACAGCAUUCAAGGCACUGGGAUCUUCAGUGGACUACAUACAGGUGUGCGAUUCAGACACAAAGCUGGAUCCCCUGGCAACAGUAGAACUGGUCAAGGUGCUUGAGAGUAACACAAGAUAUGGUGCUGUGGGUGGCGAUGUGAUGAUUCUUAACCUGAAAGACUCAUACAUCAGCUUCAUGAGCAGUCUGCGAUACUGGAUGGCUUUUAAUGUUGAGAGAGCAUGCCAGUCAUUUUUUGACUGCGUCUCUUGCAUUAGUGGCCCCUUAGGGCUGUAUAGGAAUGACCUACUGCAACAGUUUUUGGAAGCUUGGUACAACCAAACAUUUCUUGGCAGACACUGCACUUUUGGAGAUGAUCGUCAUCUUACGAAUUGCAUGCUGAGCAUGGGCUAGGCUACCAAGUACACAGCUCGCUCAAAGUGCUAUACAGAGACACCGUCCCAGUUCCUCCGUUGGUUGAAGCAGCAGAUGCGGUGGACCAAGUCAUAAUUUCGUGAGUGGCUCUACAAUGCUAUGUGGUGGCACAAGCAUAACCUUUGGAUGACCUAUGAGUCCAUUGUGGCUGGAAUCUUUCCCUUCUUUGUAACAGCCACCAUGAUCCUGUUCUGGAUGGGUACGCUUUGGAAUAUCCUGUGGGUCCUUUGCUGCAUUCAACUAAUUGGGCUGAUUAAGGCAGCCUAUGCCUGCAUCUUGCGACAAAAUUUUGUGAUGUUCAUGUCUCUCUAUUCUGCCCUGUACAUGACAAGUCUUCUGCCCACUAAGUAUUUUGCUAUGAUUACCAUAAAUAAGAGCAGUUGGGGCACUUCUGGCCGCUGUAAGCUAGUGGGAAAUUACAUGCCUCUCCUUCCCCUGUCAAUAUGGGCAGCCAUCCUGCUGAGUGGUUUAAGCUACACAAUCUAUAGGGAAAGCAAGCAGGACUGGAACUCGGCUGCAAAAAAAGAGAUCAAAUAUUUGAUCUAUGGUGCUGUGGCAUAUGUCAGUUACUGGUUUAUAAUGGUCUUCGUAUACUGGAUGUGGGUUCGUAGACUGUGCCGAAAACGUUCUCAGGGUUACAAUGUGAAUGUGUAGUAUAAUUUUCAUGUGCUUUAUUUAUUUAUUUAUUUAUUUAUUUAUAGUUUGUUUGUUUGUUUGUUCACUUGUGUGCGCAAUGUUUAUUUAUGUUUUUGUUUAUGUUGAUUUGUUAUGCUUGUUAUGGACUGUUUAUAACAUAUUAGGAUAAUUUGUAAAGCAUCCUGCAAUAUGAAAAAGUUCCACUGUAUUAUAGAAUUUACUCUGUGUUAUACAAACUUUGUGAAAGAUCAAAUUACUUUGUGUUUGAAAUGUUGACUGAAACAGUAUUUAUACUUGUGCACUGUGGCACCUAUUUACUAUUUCAAAUGUAUUUAUUUCUUUUAUUCUGUGACAUUAUAUUGGUGUACAUGUGACAGUUGCUGAAAGAUCACAUCUAUUAAUGUCAAUUGGAUGGUUUGAGAUAAGGUUACAAGUGUCAUGUCACAUGUCAUUUCCCAUCCUGCACAGUAGCCUACAAACAUGGCCGCCAUGGACUACACUUCCCACACGCAAUCACAUGUUCACCUUCUUCAGAAUACUAAUCACACACACCUGUUUCCAAUCUCACACACACACACACACACACACACACACACCACAGUGUAUAUAAGAGACUGCUCAAACACUAUGACUUUGCGUAGUAUUGAGUUAACUCUUUGCCAAGCGGUUUUUCUUUGUUCUCGUCUCGUUUCAUUUUAUCUUUAUACCUCGUAUCUCGUUUCCCGGCUCUGAUUCAAACCUCGCCCUAUUUAUGCCUGUUUGCUGAUCGCCUGACCCAUUGCCUGUUUUGACCACGCUUCUGUCUAAUGAUUUGGAUUUGUCUGCCUUAAUCUCCUUUAAUAAAACGUCUUUACCUG